AUGGCUUCAUGGAGCACCUGCGGCCAUGGUCAUCACAGUUCUCAGACAUUGUUCCCAUCCUUCCUGGAUCAUCUUCCCCCCUGCCUCUACAUUCUUCACUGCCCCACACUAUGCGACAGGAGAGAAUCAUUACGAAAACGCCAUAAAAAAGACGUUAUCAUUAGCAUAUUGAUUUUGCAGGUAGGGAAACUGAAGCACAGAGUAGUCACACAGCCAGGAGGUGCUGCGGCCAGGAUUCCAGUGUACCUUUGGGGCGCAGCGCCCGGCCUGCCUCCUGAACCAUCCGAUCAGUCUUCCCCCAUCUUGGUUGGUGACACCACUGUGCACUCAGUCAUUUGGUCGAAACGCUUACAACGGUGGCGCUUCUCUCACCGGCUCUUCUCCAAUUCCAGGCUGGAAUUGAGAACUAAGAAAAGAAUCACAAUGCAUGCUCUGCUCAUUGUUCUUUCCCCAUCCGGAACAUCAGUGGGAGUUGAGAUUUUAGCAUCAACAGAAGUAGUGUGUGCUCCAUAUCUAAGAACCAGCAUUGGAAGGGAUUUGGAGAUCAUUUAUUACAACCACUUCUUUUGCAGACUAAGAAACACAGAUGGAGGGAAGCCAAAGACCCUUGUUUAAAGUCACAGACAUACCAAAGCAGGAUCAGAACCAAGGGUCCUCCCUACUACCAGCUCCUUGGAGACUCCUCACUGCCAGGAAUGAUAUAGGUGCUCAAUGAACGUUUGUGGAAUAAAUGUCAAACUUAUUCUCAAUGUUUGUGGGAUAAAUAUCAGACUUAUUGUCAACUGGAAACUGAAAAAGUACAAAGGUGUUUAGUUGGAGACUCAUAAUUGUUUCAGGGAGUGCAGAUUUGGAAUGGAGUAGUCAGAAGAGCAUCCUAGGGUGCCUGGGUGACUCAGUCAUUUGAGUGUCUGACUUUAACUCAGGUCAUGAUCUCAUGGUCUGUGAGAUAGAGCCCCGUGUUGGGCUCUGUGCUGACAUCUCAGAGCCUGGGGCCUGCUUUGGAUUCUGUGUCUCCCUCUCUCUCUGCCCCUCCCCCACU